AUGUUCCCAUUUAUCAUUAAUCGUUUUACUCUUCAAUCAGGUUUAGUAAAAUCUGUAUUAGAAGUUACUAAUCAACCCCGUGAAACAACUGAUGAUAUUGUAGCUUCUUUACGUGAUGUAUUAAAAAUGAAUGGUAUUGAUAUUCAAUAUAUAACACCUAUUGGUGCUGAUAAUACUAAUACAAAUUUCGGCCACAAUCAUUCUGUAUUUAGUUUAAUAAAAUCUGAAGUUUCAAAUUUGUUCAAAGGCAACUGCUAUUGUCAUAUCCUUAACAGCUCAGUGAAAAUUUCUCAUCACCUGUUAUUAGUUGAUAUUGAAUCAAGUUUAUCUCAGCUGUAUUGUCAUUUUAGUUCAUCAUCUAAAAGAGUUGCAGAACUAAAAGAAUAUUUUGAAUUUGUUGAAGAAGAUUAUCUGUGUUUAUUACAACAUAUAGAAAUUCGUUGGCUUACUUUAUAUAUAUCAAUUGCACGUCUAUUAAAAGUAUAUAAUCCAUCAUCUGCUUAUUUUUUAAAUAUGGAUAUUGAGGAUGAAGCAAAGUUUUUGUUUGAUAUUCAAACAAAGAAUUUGGAACUUCAACGAUAUGGCACUUCAAUUGCCGAUUUGCAUCGGAUUAUUACGAGUUUACUUAAAAAAUUGAAUGAUCGAUUAGAACAAAAGUAUUUUGGACAACAAACAAGAAUAUUACUAAAUGCAAUGCCUGAAGAUGUACACGAGAAAUUGAUUUCUUCAUUUGUAAAAUAUUUGGGAAGUAUCAUUCAAUACAUACACAAGUAUUAUGAUGAACAUUCAUUAUUAGCUGAAUCAGUAGCUAUUUUUGGAAUAACUGAAAUCGAUCAAAUAAAAUUCGAUCAAAUUGCAAAGUGUGUUGCUAUUCUUAAUCUUGCAGUUGAUCAUGACAAAUUAUUCGAGGAAAUUAUUAGUUUACAAAAUACAUAUAAAGAAGUUAAUUCUUAUCGUGAAUCAUUAUUUGUUCAAAUUGAAAAAUAUGUUGGUGGUCAUGAAAUCAAAAAACAAAUGGUUAAUGAAGUAUUUGAAGAAUUAGAUGAUGAAGAACUUGUUAACAAAAUACUAACACAAGCACAAAAUCAUCAAGAUAGUUGUCAUAAAAUUCGACCUGAUCAACUUUGGACGUUCUUAAUUAUCAAAAUAACAACACAUUGUGAUGAAACGACAAAGCUGAUUUCUUACGUCUAUUCGAUUUCAUGUUCUAAUGCAUUUACCGAAGACGUUUUUAGUCAUAUGAAACAUUUAUGGACAAAUAGUCGAAAUUCAAUGUUAAGUGAAACUGUAGCUGCUGAAUUAAAAAUACGAUUGAAUUUUCUACUCAAUAUUCCAUCGGAUGCACGAUGGGACCAGAAAGGAAUAACUGUUGCUGGAGGCCAUGGACGAGGUAGUGCCACCAACCAACUAUCAUAUCCUUAUGGCCUGUUUAUUGACGAUGAUGAUGAAGCAAUGAUCAUCACUGACUACAGCAAUCAUCGCAUCGUUAAGUGGAAGAUUGGUGAGAAAAGUGGACACAUAGUUGCUGGUGGCAGUGGUCAAGGAGAUCGGCUGUAUCAACUGAGCUAUCCAACCGAUGCGUUAGUCGAUAAAAACACGGAUAGCCUCAUUAUUUGUGAUCAAGGAAAUAAGCGAGUAUUGCAAUGGUCUCUAUCCCGUGGUACAACUCUCGGAACAAUCCUGAAGGACGAUAUCCAUUGUUAUGGAUUGGCUACGGAUUAUCAGAGAUAUCUUUACAUCUCUGACGAAAUACGAGAUGAAGUAAGACGAUACAGAAUAGGAGAAAAGAGUGGAAUUCUUGUUGCUGGUGGUGGUUUUGGCGAAGGCCAUGGUCUCAAACAACUCAACUGUCCGACCUACCUUUUUGUCGAUCAACAUCAGACUGUCUACGUGUCGGAUAGUCUGAAUCAUCGUGUAAUGAAAUGGCAUGCCGGUGCAAAAGAGGGAAGCAGCGUUGCGGGUGGUCAAAAUGUGAGUAAUGCUCGGGCAGAAUUGUGGGAUCCAAAAGGAGUGUUCGUCGAUGCGUCGGGCAUCGUCUACAUAGCAGACGUCUAUAAUCACCGAGUGGUUCGUUGGCCUCAAGGAGCGAAGCAGGGCACUGUUAUUGUUGGCGGAAAUUAUGUAGGAGCAAGAGAAAAUCAGUUUAACGAGCUCAGAGAUUUGUCUUUCGAUCGGCAUGGAAAUCUCUAUACCGUUGAUCAUCGGAAUCAUCGUAUUCAACGAUUUUCUUUGAAAUAA